AUGGCGCCAAAAUCCACCAAGGGCAAGGGAGUGGCUAAGGAUGCCGGAGCCGCGGAGCCGCCGAAAAGUGCGCUGGCGGUGCAGCGGACGCAGUCCGCCUUCUUCCCCUCGACAGUCGACGUGCUCGAGCUUCAGGACUCCUUCAGGCCCUUCUUCCGGAAGCUCCAGGCACUCCACCGCGCUCGUCUGGAUAAAGCCAAGUCUAGGACGGCGGUGGUGGAGAAGGCGGAGGCGGACCUCCAGGAGCGCGUUGCCGAGACGCAAGACUGGUUCCGCGAAGCCCACAAGGAGCUCAAGGCCGCUCAGGGCGAGCUGGCCAAGCGCGACGUGGAGCUCACCAUGAAGCUCGCCGACGUCGAGAAAGCUCAAGAGAUGGCGAGGAACUUGGCCGCGGCCGCUGAAGCUGCCCGGACCCAGCACGAGGCCGCGCUGAACUCCCAGGAGGAGGACCUCACUGCGCGCGAGGGAAAGCUUGCCGCCAUGCUUCGCGACAAGGAAGCAGAGCUGAAGCUGGAGGGUCUUGAGAAGGCGCUGGAGGAGGCCAAGACCCGAGAGGGGACCCUGGCCAAGGAGCUGGAGGCCGAGAAGCAGUUGCGGGAGAAUGAGGGCCUCAACUUCGCGGAUCACGUGGCGGGCGAGAACCUGGGUGCGGCCACGACGACGGGGGCGGCCGAGGGGACCGCGGCGGGGGCCGCCGAGGAGGACGCGGCGAUGGGGGCGGACGAGGGGGCCGCGACGGGGGCCGCGGCGACGGGGGGCACUGAGGAGGCCGCGGCGACGGGGGCCGCGGCGGGGGCCGUGGCGACAGGGGGCACCGGUGCGGGGGCCGCGGGCAGGGCCAAGCCCAGUGCGCGGCUGGGCGGUUCGCCAGAGGAGGAGGCAGGGGCGAACCGUGACGCGGGAGAAGCCGAGGGUGACGGUGCCUGCUGA